UUCCGUUUCAUUGCUUCCUUUCUUGGCCAAUUUGAGAUAACUUUCUUCCUUUCUCCUCCCUCCAGGAAUGGAAAACGGAAAUGGCCGUUGCUUAUAUGUCUGUGCAUUGUCUAGCCAACUCAGCCAGGUCUCUCUACACCGAACACCUCGGGUCCUCAGCACAAUACUGAAACAUGGCCUCCCAAUCUCCCUUCGAAAAUGACUGCAGAGAAAUCCAUGGCAUGUGCGACGAGCCAUGCCGUUUGAGUCGUCUCCUGGCUCACCGGAGCUCAUCGGAAAGGCAACAGAUCAAGGUGACCUACCGCGCGAUGUUCGGCGAAGACCUCGUCGGUAGGCUGCGGAAUACCCUCCUGCCCGAUCAGGAUAACGAGCUCUGCAAUCUGCUCUACCUAUGGAUGCUUGACCCGGCAGAGCGCGACGCGAUCAUGGCCAGGGACGCCAUUGAGAGCGGCCUGACCGGUUACCGUGCCCUGGUCGAGAUCUUCACGCGGCGGAAGCAGGAACAGCUCUUCUUCACCAAGCAGGCGUACCUGGGCAGGUUCAAGAAGAACAUGGAGCAGGACAUGGUCACCGAGCCCUCGCACCCCUCGCGCCCUUAUCAGAGGCUACUGGUAGCUCUCGCUGCCUCCCACAAGUCGCACCACGAUGAACCCAGCUGGCACAUCGCCAAAUGCGACGCCAGGCGACUGUAUGAUGCGAAGAAGGGCGGCACGGGAUCGGUUGAUGAGGCCACCAUUCUUGAGAUGUUCAGCAAGAGGAGCAUCCCACAGGUCAGGCUGGCGUUCAGCAGUUACAAGCACAUAUAUGGGCAUGACUACACCAAGGCACUGAAGAAGAAUGUGUUUGGUGAGUUUGAAGAAUCUCUGAGUGUUGUUGUCAAGUGCAUCUACAGUCCUUCUAAAUAUUACUGCAAGUUACUGCAGAAAAGUAUGCAACGCCCAGAAAGCAAUAAAAGAUUGGUUACAAGGGCUAUCUUGGGCAGCGAUGAUGUUGGUAUGGACAAGAUCAAGUUAGCGUUCAAGAGUAACUUUGGAAGGAACCUUGGGGAUUUCAUCCACGAAAGCUUACCUCAAAGCGAUUACAGAGACUUUCUUUGGAUGUGGCAAGGGGGUCAGUGAUCUCAUGAAAUUGGACUUGGAGAAAUCCUUGACUUGUCAACUGAAGCACUCAUGGUCUUGCAUUUUGUAAGAGUAAGUUGAACAUGAAAAGUAGCAGUGCCGUGUUAUUCGAACUCGGGAUUAGGUGAGAAAAAACUAUCAGUUUGAUUACAUGAUUGUUUCACAUGCUGUAGAAAAAUUAUUAUAACUUGCAUCGUGGUUACUACAUA